GCCCCCGCCGCUAAAGGCCGCCCAGGUGGGACUCGCGCCCGGGACCGCCCGCCGUCGGAGCCGAAGUCCCUUUGGCGGCGCUUGCGGAGGCUGCGCGCCCGAUUUUCCCCGACGGGCCCCGACGGUUCCCGGUGCGCUGCCCAGACUAGACCAGACCAGGCACGAAUCCCCCCCCCCGCCCGGUCUCCACCAUGUUCCAGCGCCACCACCGCAGCCGAGUGACGGUGGCGCGGGGCUCAGCUCUGGAGAUGGAGAUCCGACGGGGCCGGUUCCGCCUUAGCCUCGUCGGGGACACGGACCAGGGCACGGACAUCCAGAAGAAGAUCGACCAUGAGAUCCGCAUGCGCGAAGGCGCCUGCAAGCUCCUGGCGGCUUGCACCCAGCGCCAGCAGGCUCUGGAGGUCACCAAGAGCCUGCUGAUCUGCAACAGCCGCAUCCUGGCCUACAUGGCGGAGCUUCAGCGCAUGAAAGAGGCGCAAGUCAUGCAGCGGAUGGCCAGGCGCCCCUCAGACGCUGGUCCCGUGGACGACCGCCUGCCCUGCCGAGGCAGAGUCUGCAUCUCAGACCUCCGGAUCCCACUGAUGUGGAAGGACACGGAAUAUUUCAAGAACAAGGGCGAGCUGCAUCGCUGCGCCGUCUUCUGCCUGCUUCAGAUCGGCCCGGAAAUCUACGACACGGAGAUGGUGCUGGUGGAUCGGACCCUGACCGACAUCUGCUUUGAGAGCACCAUCCUCUUCACGGAGGCCGGUCCGGACUUUGAGCUGAAGGUGGAGCUGUACAGCGCCGGCCUGGAGGAGGACUCUGUCCUGGGCAGCACCCCCAAGAAGCUGGCCAGCCGCCUGAGCAGCUCCCUGGGGCGCUCGUCCGGCAAGAGGGUCCGUGCCGCCCUGGAUGGGGUGCCCGGGAGCCCUGUCAGCAACGGGGGAAGCAGCCCCCUCCAGCUGCCAGCCCCCAGCGUGGCGGGCCCCAAGUACCAGCUGCUGGCCUGCACCACCCUGCGCCUGGCCCACGUCCAAGACGCGUUUCGCACUCACGACCUCGCCGUCACCGGGAACGAGGAGAGCUCCUUCUGGCUCCCCCUGUACGGCAGCGUCUGCUGUCGCCUGGCAGCCCAGCCCAACUGCAUGCUCCACCAGGUCAUGUGCGGCUUCCUGAAGGUGCAGCAGGGGGAGCAGCAGGGCUGGCUGAGGCUCUUCUGCCUCCUGCGAGGCUCCAACCUCCUCUGCUACCGGCACCCCAAAGACGUCGAGACGCAGGAGGAGCCGGCCUUCACCAUUGCUAUCAACAAGGAGACGCGCAUCCGAGCCACAGAGAAGGACCCCAAGAACCAACUGCACACCAUGUCCGUGACGAACCGCUAUGGGGGGGAGGAGGUGACCCACACGCUGCUGGCAGAGUCCCGCUCCGAGACGCAGCGCUGGAUGGAAGCCUUCUGGCAGCACUUUUACGACAUGAGCCAGUGGAGGCACUGCUGCGAUGAGCUCAUGAAGGUGCAGGUCCCCUCCCCACGGCGCCCCAUGGCCCUCCUGCAGAAGCAAGGCUCCCUCUACCACGAGAUGGCUAUUGAGCCGGCGGACGACAUUGAGGCCGUGACGGAGAUCCUGGCCCGGCGCUUUUCUGGCCUGGGCCCCCCGCCCUGGCUGUCCCUCCUGGAAGGGUCGUCGUGCAGCGCGGCGUCCGACAGCGACAGCGUCUCCAGCGCCAGCCCGUGCCCCCCGCCGCGCCCGCCCUGGGGCCGGCCCCGCACCCUCUCCCUGGACGCCAAGCUCAGCACUCUGAAAGGACGCUCGGGGCGCCCGCCAGGGCCGCCUCCGCCCCCCAGGGCCAGGGGCCCCUCCGGCUCCAGCUCCUCCAGCAGCAGCAGUGGCAGCCCCACUCCGGAGCCCGAGCGCCCCCCUCGGCCCCACGCCCGGCCCCGGUUUGACCCCCGCUUGUGGCUGCAGUCCCAGGUCUGAGGAGGGAGGGUGCUGGGGCCUCCAGAGGUCCACUAGACUGGAAGCAGGGGACUGCAGGAGGCUGGAGCAGAGGGCCUGAUGUGGGGCCAGCACCCCACACACUCCAGUCCCCCUCCCCGCCACCCUCUAACAAGCCAUCAGGGCCCUCUCUUCACUUCUGGACCAGUUGCCCCCCACUUGGGGGGCACAGCCUGUAGGGAGCGCUCUUAUGCCCCAAUUGCCAAUGGGGGGGCUGGCUGUGUAACCGUCCUGACCCACAAGUCUCCUCUUCAGCAGGGGAGAAAAAGCACCUUUUUCCUUUGAGAAACUGGAACAAUUUGGGGUGGGGAAAUAAACGUAAAAGCGGGGGGGGGGUCCGGUUGGCAUCUCCCCCGCCAGAAGCAGGAGCUCAUUCGUAUUGGUUGCUUUGUGCAAGCCGCCCCCCAAUUUCACCACCCCCAGCAGUGGCCCCAAAGAUCAACCCCCGCCUACCUUGCCCUCCGACAGCCCCCCAUUUUUCUAACGCUCCCCCUGAGUUUCAGGGAUAUGUGCCAAUUCAGGAGGGGAGGGGCGGUGCUUGCUGCCAAGUAGGCAGGCGUGACCCCCCCUCCGCAUCUGUGGGGCGGGGGGCAAACCUGCCUCUUCCUUUAAUAUGCAUUAAAAUGUAUUUAACGA